AUCAGAAACAAGUUUAGUUUCAACAUAAAGAAGCAAGUAGCUUGAGUGAUCCUCUCAGAGUUCUCUCUUACUUAUUUUCAAUCACAUAUAAACUUCAAGAAGUAUUUACACGUCAAAUGGCGAUUCCGGUGAUUGAUUUCUCGAAGCUCAGCGGCGAGGAGAGGGCCAAGACAAUGGCUCAGAUUGCCAAUGGCUGUGAGGAAUGGGGUUUCUUCCAGCUGGAGAACCAUGGGAUACCAGAGGAGCUGCUGGAGAGAGUGAAGAGAGUGUGUAAUGAGUUCUACAAGUUGGAGAGGGAAGAGAACUUCAAAAAGUCAACCCCUGUGAAGCUGUUGAACGAGAGUGACGGUGGAAAAAUAGAGAACGUGGACUGGGAGGAUGUUAUCACUCUCCUUGAUGACAAUGAAUGGCCUUCCAACACUCCCGAUUUCAAGGAAACCAUGGCUGAAUACCGCGCAGAAGUGAAGAAGCUCGCAGAGAAGGUCAUGGAAGUCAUGGAUGAGAACUUGGGCUUGCCAAAGGGCUAUAUCAAAAGCGCCUUCAACAGCAGCAACAAGGAUGACGGCGACAACAGCAAGGCCUUCUUCGGGACUAAAGUGAGCCACUACCCACCCUGCCCGCAACCCGAGCGGGUCAACGCCCUCCGGGCCCACACCGAUGCAGGCGGCGUGGUCCUACUCUUCCAGGACGAUGUCGUCGGGGGCCUCCAGAUACUCAAGGGCAGUGAGUGGGUCGAUGUGCAGCCGCUCCCCAACACCAUCGUUAUCAACACGGGGGACCAGAUCGAGGUCCUUAGCAACGGCAAGUACAAGAGUGUUUGGCACCGCGUCCUCGCCACCCCGGAUGGCAACCGGCGCUCCAUCGCCUCGUUCUACAACCCAUCCCUCGCUGCCACCAUUGCCCCCGCACCGCAGCUGGUGGAGCAAGCUGGUGCUUACCCCAAGUUUGUGUUUGGGGACUACAUGUCGGUCUACGCGGAGCAGAAGUUCCGCCCCAAAGAGCCCAGGUUCCAAGCUGUGAAGUCCAUGUAAUAAUGCAUGAAAAGAAAUUUCUGAUGUGAAUUACCACAAGAGAAUAGCAUAAUUAUCGCUCUUCUUUAAACAACUGUGUCUUUGUCAUCUCUCAACUGCUUCUUGUGUGGACGAGAUGGGAGUGCAAGUUGUUUUUGAACUCUGGAUUGUGUGAACUUUAUAGGUUUGUGAUGAUUUGUGACUGACCACGAGGUGCUAUGAAAUGCACCCUGGUCUUUGUUUUAAGUUGUAAUAGUGUUUGCAUUUGUAUACAGUCUUUCAUUUUUGUUUUUUUCUUCUUAUUCUCCUUGGAUGUAACCGCUCAUUUCCCGCUCUCAGAUGUGGAACUUACCUAGUUUUACUAAUAAGAGAAAACUUCGAGCUUCCA